AUGGAUUGGAUCGCUGAAAAUAGACCCCCUGGACCACCCCCGGAACCCUUUGAACGCUCUCCUACACCACCUCCGCCGCCACCCGUAUCGCUGGUGCCGCCUCCGCCACCAGAUGCCGCUGCUCCUCCUCCGCCCCCGGAUUCAAUAGCUCCUCCUCCUCCUCCCGAAGAUGCGCCGCUUCCCGAGCCGCCUGCAACUAAGAGAAAGAAGGUUGGCUGGGGAAGUCAGCGGUCAGCGACGCCUCUGAGUGUUGAGGAACUACUCCGAAAGAAGCGGGAAGCUGAUGAAGCUGCAUCAAAGCCUAAAUUCCUCCCAAGAGCAGAAAGAGAGAAGCUCGCAUUAGAGAAACGCGCGAAAGAGGUGGAAAAUAAAAAGCGACUGCAAGCAAACGGCGCCAGGCCCUCGCCUCGAAAUUCUGAAACGAACGGUUAUAAUUCUUCAGCAUCAAGAAGUGAUGGAAUUGACGGAUCUUCCCGGCCCCUAAUUCCCACGGGACCCCGUGGCAUGAGACACGGAGAAAUCCCAACCGCUCCUGCCGCGAUGCGCACGAAACAAAAUGAUAUGCCUCCACCUCCUCCUCCCGGUCCGAAGGCUGAUCAAAAGGGAGAAAAGCGGCCUUCUCCAGAAGAAGCACAAGCGGCCUUGAUACGACAACGAUAUAUGGGAAGUGACCAGACGUCGAAUUUCUCUGCGAAGAAAAAACGGAGGCGGACAACGGAAAGGAAAUUUAACUUCGAAUGGAAUGCGGAUGAAGAUACCAGCCCCGAUUACAAUCCACUCUAUCAAAACCGUUCCAUUGCAAAUUUCUUUGGUCGAGGUCGCUUAGCUGGGUUCAGUGACGAAUUUGCAGAUGCGGUUACAAGAAACUACGCAAGAGCUCUAGAAGAUAGAGAUCCGGAGGCUGGUAGAGCCAGAGCGAGGGAGAUUUUGGAAAUGGAAAGAAGAAGGAAAGAAGAAGGGGGACGGCAUGCCUUGGACGCACAUUGGUCCGAGAAGAAGUUGGAACACAUGCGCGAGAGGGACUGGCGAAUAUUCAAGGAAGAUUUCAACAUCAGUACCAAGGGAGGAAGCAUUCCCAAUCCCAUGAGGUCGUGGGCCGAAUCGGGAUUGCCAAAACGCCUUCUUAGUAUUGUUGAGCAAGUUGGAUACACCGACCCGUCGCCGAUUCAGCGAGCUGCUAUCCCUAUUGCAUUGCAAAAUCGAGACCUUAUCGGUGUUGCUGUGACUGGUUCCGGAAAAACUGCAGCAUUCUUACUCCCUCUGCUCGUCUACAUAGCAGAACUCCCACGACUAGAUGAGUUUGAAUGGAGAAGAAAUGACGGUCCGUAUGCGAUAAUCCUAGCGCCAACACGCGAAUUAGCCCAACAAAUCGAAAUAGAAGCCAAGAAGUUCUCUGUCCCUCUUGGAUUCAACGUUGUCAGUAUUGUCGGUGGUCAUUCGCUGGAAGAACAGGCUUACAGUUUGCGCAACGGGGCGGAGAUCAUCAUCGCCACCCCCGGCCGUUUGGUAGACUGUAUCGAGAGACGAAUGAUUGUCCUUAGUCAAUGCUGCUACGUUAUCAUGGAUGAAGCUGACCGUAUGAUUGAUCUCGGCUUUGAGGAGCCUGUGAACAAAAUCCUCGACGCCCUCCCCGUCACAAAUCAGAAACCGGAUACUGAAGACGCAGAAAACGCCCAAGCAAUGAGCCAACAUAUCGGUGGAAAAGACCGAUAUAGGCAAACGAUGAUGUAUACCGCCACCAUGCCUUCUGCCGUCGAACGAAUUGCACGCAAAUACCUCCGACGGCCCGCGAUCGUCACAAUCGGCAACAUCGGCGAAGCUGUUGACACCGUUGAGCAGCGCGUCGAAUUCAUCUCCGGCGAAGACAAGCGUAAGAAGCGACUAGCAGAGAUCUUAUCAUCGCGAGAAUUCCGCCCACCAAUCAUCGUCUUCGUUAACAUUAAGCGCAACUGCGAUGCUGUCGCGCGCGAUAUCAAAAACAUGGGCUAUUCGUCCGUCACGUUGCAUGGGAGCAAGACGCAGGAGCAGCGUGAAGCUGCCCUGGCGUCCGUUCGGAAUGGAAAUACCGACGUGCUUGUUGCAACUGACCUGGCUGGACGCGGUAUUGACGUUCCGGACGUUAGUCUGGUGGUUAACUUCAACAUGGCGACGAAUAUUGAGAGUUAUACGCAUCGUAUUGGUCGUACUGGACGUGCUGGGAAGAGUGGUAUUGCGAUUACGUUCUUGGGCAACGAGGAUUCUGAUGUCUUAUACGACCUCAAACAAAUGCUUAUGAAAUCCUCUAUUUCCCGCGUCCCUGAAGAACUCCGUAAACACGAGGCCGCCCAGUCGAAGCCCGUACGAGGUGGCUCCGCGUCACAGAAGAAGAUCGAGGAGAGCAGUGGCUUUGCCGGAAAGGGAGGUGGAGCUGGGUGGUAAAUCGGAGGAGUUCUCUCCUCAAUCCAUGUGCCUUUUUCCACGCUUGCGUUGCGUCAUAAUCUAUUAAGGCUUCUUUUCUAGCUCUUACUCUUAGCCCACUAGGCGCUUUCAAUGCAAUGUAGCGGGCCUUAUGACAUGGUAUAUCUCAUGUAUAUUAUUAUGAAGCCAACUUGACGAACUUGUCAAUAUGGUAUUAGGGACAAGAUGAAUACAUUAAAGCACGAUCAAUCAAUCAAAAUAAGGAAUGGAAAUUAUAUCAUACGCUUUGGAUAACUAGUGUAUUAAUAAUAGCAAACUUAUUAUCUUCGG